AUGCAGACGGUUAGACUACAGCAGUCUCUGUUUCUCUAUUUGUUAUGUGGAUAUUGUGUUUUAUCAGUGAGUCGUGCAAAUCCGCACCAUCGUCACAAACAUGACAUUAGGGAGAAGGAUGGAGAGGACACUAAGCCACAAAUUCUGGGUUCUAGUUGUGAUAACAGUUUUGACAGCCAUUUAGACAAGUGUUUGGAGCCAUUCUCUAGGAAGGCCCAUAUAUAUACAACCACACACCCGCAGAACCCUAUAGUGAAGGAAAUCUUUGUUAAACAUGUGUGCAGACGAUACAAGAAGAUGUUGCACUGUAUCCAUUUAGUGCUAACAAACUGUCAAACAGUGACAAAUAUUGAGAUUGUCCAGCAAAAACUUGACAAAAGACUCUGGAUAGUUGAUGUGAACAAAAUGUGUAAUAUUCAACCUGAUCCCUCAACACAGAAGCAUUCAGGUGGCACAAAUACAAAGGGAGGUAACUCUAGGCAUAAAGUGAUACCUUCCUCUACAUCUCUACGACCAGGUUCAUCUGUGACCCAAUCAGAAAUAGAGUAUUACAACAUGAAGAGUCGUGAUGCGGCUGAUAAAAUACCUCACUUACGAAACUAUCAAGGUAAAAACAGAGAGAGCAGUGAAAGCAUUCCAAAUAUCAUUCCAAACCACAACAGAAAACAAUUUCAACAAUUUGGCACCAAGUUGGUGCGUCCGGACCAGCUGACUAGUCUGUCUAGACAAAACACACCCAGACUUGUUACAUAUAUCAAAUACAAUGUGUUUCUAAAUGGACAAAAGGAAGAUUCUCAAGUGAAAGUUGAUCACUUAGAAUCCACUGAUGUGGGUAGUAUAGAUUCAAUAUUAAAAGAUGGACAACAGCCAGUGAUGGUCCAUCUUCUGUAUAUUGAUACAAAUAGCGAAACAGAGACAAAACAGUAUUUGUCACUAGAGGACAGUCAGAGUGGAAGCUCUCCUUUAAUUGGCAAUCCUUUUAUCAUUUUAUCCCUUAUCUCAACUGUGAUAACAUUCAUGCACAACUCAUAA